CAAAUACCUCAGAACAGAGCAGUCCCAGGCUGUGACAACACCUUCAGAGCAAGAGCAUUAUCAUGGAAAUUCCAGCACCACCUUACCCUGGCCCUCCUUUGGGAUCUGAGCCUGUAGUUCAACCUGCUCAACACCCUGGUCGACAAUACAAUGCACAGCAGCCAGUGACAGUUCAACGUGCUCAACAGCAUACUUACCAAUACAUUGCACAGCAGCCAGCAACAGUUCAACAUGCUCAACACUCUGGUCGCCAAUACAAUGCACAGCAGCCAGUGACAGUUCGACCUGCUCAACAGCAUACUUACCAAUACAAUGCACAGCAGCAGCCAGUGACAGUUCAACCUGUGACCCAGGUGGUGGUGGUGGACCACCACCAGCUGGGAGACGUUCCAGGACAGAUGGCUUGUACUCAUUGCCACCACAACGUUAUCACUAGAACUGAGCACAAAAACGGUCUGCUCACAUGGCUGAUCUGCGGCAUACUCGGAAUCUGCCUCAUCUGGCCUUUCUGCUUGAUCCCUUUCUGUGUGGAUUCGUGCAAAGACGUGGAACAUUACUGCCCAGUCUGUAACAGUGUCAUUCAUAAAUACAAACGCAUGUGAGCAGAACUGCUUGUAAAUCCUUCAGAUCACAUCAUCUUGAAGGCAGCACUCCUUUGUCAUAUGUGUUAUUCCUGUAUUACUGCACUGCAUAUGUGUUCAGUUGCACUACCUUAUGUAUUAGAAAAGUGGUUAUUGUUAUCUGGGCUUUAGAAAAUUGAUAUGCAAACAUAUAUUUUCUGUCAUUUAUAUAUAUAAAAGUAGUUACUCAUACAAUUUGUGCACAGUGUACAAUAAGUAUCCUGCUGGUCAAUAGAUAAAUAUAUGGGCAUAAUUAUGUGAUCUAAGAAAAAUGUAUUUCAGACAUAAAUGUUGUAUUUCAUAACAACUUAAUAGCAUCUUGUGCGUUUUUAUUGGAUGUGUGUGUAGAAAUGUCU